AUGACUUCGUCCAUUUUCUACAAAUUCAAAAACUCUAGGGACAGCGAGCGCAUAAUCUUCAAUGGCACCGAUCUGAGCGUCUUCGAACUGAAGAAGGAGAUCAUCAGCGCGAGCGGCCUGGGCGAUGGAACCGACUUCAACCUCCACAUCUUCCCGCAAGAUGAUCCAGCUUCAGAAUACAAGGACGAUACUACACUGAUACCACGAUCCUCCACCGUCAUCGCGAUACGGCGCCCUGCUCCCAAAGGACAGGGCAGGGCAGCACGCUAUGUCACAGGCAAGGCGCCGUCACGCGCAAUCACUACACAAACCAAGCCUGCGGCCCCUCUACCUCAAGCGAACAAUGCAACACCAGAAGAUGCCGAGGCAGCUUUCCUGGCAGAAUCCGCCAUGGCUUGGGAUGCCCAGAAAGAGGCUCUUUCACACGCGAAGCCGGUCUAUCGCAAGAACAACACCAAGAAUGUAGUCGUCCCGUCGCACCCACCGCCACCAGGUUACGUCUGCCGUCGCUGCAACAUCAAAGGCCACUGGAUACAGGCCUGCCCCACCAACGACGACCCCGACUUUAAACCCGCUUUCCAAGCCAAGCGCACGACUGGUAUACCACAGUCCUUCCUGAAGAAGGUUGAGAAGCCUGUCGACGAGGAAGCUGCGAAGGGCAUCAUGCUCAACGCUGAUGGAGAAUAUGUACAGGUCAUGACAGACACAAAGGCAUGGGAUAAAUUUCAAGAGAAGACAAAUGCAUCACGUGCGCGCGCAGCGAGUGCUGAUGCCGCCAGCAAGGAGCUCCGCGAACGCGGACUCGAAUGUCCAAUCGACAACCAGAGAUUUGUGGACCCUGUCAAGACUCCAUGUUGUGGUAAGACAUACUGCCGCGAGUGCAUCGACAACGCGCUUGCAGAUGGUGAUUUAGUUUGCCCCAACUGUGCAAAGGAGGAUGUUUUGAUGGAUGAUCUUAUUGCCGACGAUGAUAUGGUCAAGUCUCUCAAGGCAUACGACGCAGAGAAGGCAGCAGAGAAGGAGAAGGCAGCAAAGGCAGCAGUUGCUUCAACAAAUGAAUCAGUUUCUCAAUCCCAUGCUACUGACAACGCUAAUUCUCCCGUCGCAAAUGACACUACAAAUACUACUAGUGCUACUAGUGCUUCUGUUGCGGCAGUGGCGGACGAGGUCUCCGAUACUGACUCUACUUCUUCUAAAAAGCGCAAAGAGCCACCGACAGAUAUCAAGCCACCAACCGCACCAAAAGCAAUGCGUCAAGCAGCCGACCCCGCGUCGAAGAUGGAGCAGGAAUUUAUUCAGCAAAUGGAAAUGCUCAAAAAUGCGCCAAUGGAACCAAUGGGCAUGCCAAUGAACAUGCCGAUGCCUAUGCCGAUGCAGAUGCCAAUGCCGAUGCAGAUGCCAAACCAAAUGGGCUUCCAAAAUGGCUACCAGAUGGGUUUUCCACAGCAACACCAACAGCAAGGGCCACAACAAGGGUGGUUUCCCCAGCAGAACUUUGGGUAUGGUCAACAGCAGCAGUAUGGUCAGCAGUUUGGCCAGCAACAGCAGUAUGGAUGGGGCGGAGGACAAAUGCAAGGGCAAUGGGGCGGUGCACAGGGACAACAGGAUAAUGAUGCAUAUGAUAGGCAACCAGUUAAUCCUCGAGGUCGCAAUCGCAGAUCUCGUGCUCCAGAUUAUCGCUACCUGUGA